CCGUCAAUAGUCACCUUCUCUGUUAUGAUGUUCUCCAGUUUGCAUAUCUAUUCCAUAAUUGUUGCCUUACUGUAGUACUCAUGCUGACUAAAAGAUCUCCUUCCGGGAUCUGGUGAGACAGAAAAUGGGAAAUAUGGAAAUCCUUGCAAAAGCCAAGAGCUUGUGGAUGAAAUUCAAUGUCCGAGGGGCGAUCCUUACGAGCCUAUCUCUGCAAGUCUUCUUCGUUCUUUUGGCGCCCAUUCGAAAGAGGCGUUCAAACAGGGGGUUCCUGAUGCUCGUCUGGUCAGCUUACUUGGGUGCCGACUUGGUCGCUAACUAUGCCUUGGGACUCAUUUCCAGAGCCCAAAUCAUGGGUGGUGCUCUAGACUCCGAGGCCGAUACAUAUGGCGACCUCUUGGCAUUUUGGGCUCCAUUUCUUCUGCUACAUCUCGGAGGACAAGACACCAUAACUGCUUUCGCGCUAGAGGAUAAUGAGCUGUGGCAUAGGCACUUGCUUAAUCUCUUAUUCCAGCUAGGCCUUGCAGGCUAUGUAUUUUUCCAAUCCUUCCCCAGUAGCAAGCUAAUUGUCCCGACCGUCUUCAUCUUUGUUGGUGGAACCAUUAAAUACAUAGAGCGAAUACGUGCUCUGCAUCUCGCCAGCUUCAGUAAAUUCCAGGACUCCUUGCUCCCACGUACUUAUUUCGUGGAAGAAGACAAUAGCACCAGGAACUUGGCCAUGGCGCUGGAGUCCAAAUUUCAAUCGGAACAUGUUGGAGCGGAAGAUGUAAACAUUUUGGAUGACAGAACAGUGAUACAAAAGGCGUUUUUUUGCUUCACGGCCUUCAAAGGCCUCCUCGUGGAUCUCACCUUCAGCUUCAAUAAACGCGAAAUCAGCCACCGAUUUUUUGGGAGCAGAGCGGCGGAGGAUGCUUUUCAGGUCAUCAAGGCUGAGCUCAACUUCUUUUAUGAUGUUCUUUAUACCAAGGCUGCCGUUGUUCACUGUCCGACAGGAUUGCAUACACCUUGCUCCUUGGAGCUAUUGGCCUGGAAUUUGUAGCUCUCGGUAGGCUCAUUUGCUCUGACUGGACAAUUGCAAAU